CUAUUCCUCCCCCACUGACACCAAUGAUGGGGCACUAUUCCUCCCACUGAUACCAUGAUGGGGCACUAUUCCUCCCCCACUGACACCAAUGAUGGGGCACUAUUCUCCCCACUGAUACCAAUGAUGGAGCACUACUUCUCCUCCCCACUGACACCAACGAUGGGGCACUAUUCCUCCUCCCCACUGACACCAAUGAUGGGGCACUAUUCCUCCCACUGACUAAUGAUGGGGCACUAUUCCUUACACACUGACACUAAUGAUGGGGCACCAUCCCCAUCAUUGGAAUACCAUACUGAAAUACCAUACCAUAUUGAAAUCAAAUCUGAUG